AUGGCAGAGGCAAAAUUCAAUGUCAAUCAGAGCCAUAGGAAGUUUACGGGAUCUCUGGACGUUAUUCACCAUGAAAUCGAUGUCCUUCAUCGGAUGUACGAAAGCCUUCAAGUCCAGCACACUGAGACAGAAGCCGAGCUCAAGCGUGCCCAGGAACGGAUCGAGUUCUUGGAAGUUGAAAGCGCUAGUAAUGUGAACCAAGCGGUGCAAAUCAUCAACUCUGGUGCGAUCAAUGAUGCAUCGCUGACAACAAGACUCAACAAGAUCUAUGACAGCCUCGAGGCUUGGGCACUCACCAUCAUGCCCAUUGGAACCGAUCUUUCCGAAAAAUGGCCCUCGAUCUCCCAAUACCUGGCAGCAAAUUGCCUUAUUCAACCCGGAAAUACCACCUUUAAUAUGUACUUCAAGGGAACGAAUCCGGAGCUGGUUUCAGCCAUAAUCAUGGCCGUCCUCUUAAAGAUGCUGUUUUUAAACGCAGUUGCUGGCAUGUUACCGGAUCAGGCACUUGUUCUACGCCAGCUUCAGAACAGUAUCUCGCUCGUUCAACCGUACAAAAGCGCCGUCUCUCUUAGUCUCUGGCAAGUCGAGUCGGUUCGUGCUUGGAUGCAGUCUCCCAAUUUUCAAGCACAACUCUCCUCGGGCUGCUUUUACACUCUGUCCAUGAUCAAGGAAAUACUCCGCAUGAUGAUGGAAAUUCAGGGCGACAUCUGGGACCAAAGAUUCCGCAAUCUCUUGGAUCAUGUGAUCAUACCUGCCGCACAGCUCGCGACUGAGAUACAACGCUCCGGCACGAGGUACCAGUGGAGAUGGUAUCGGUUUGGGCAAACUGCAGGGCUGAAAUUCCUGGAGGAGUUUCAGGUAACUGAUUUCAAGACACGCUAUCAAGUCAAGGAGGAACUGGUGCGCGAUCUCCCAGAGAGCACUCGACUAGGCACUCUUGUCAUGAUCACUCUUCCUGGCGUCUACCGCGUGGACAAAGCAAACAGUGACCGAGUGCUCCUUGUCAAACACCGAGUGCUCGCCAGAACCAAUGACGCCAUCCGUAUCCACCCACGGGAUACCGGGUGCGGCCUAUUCGAGGGCCCAGAUCCUAUCGGCAAGACGGUCAUGGAGAAUUAA